CACCUGUUUCCUAAAUUUGCCAUUUACGUAUUAUCUCCCCUGGUGGCACUAGAAGCAACCUUUUUUUUUCUUUUCCCCGUUGAAACUUGUCACACCAAGCUACUAAUUGUUUCGUGAAAUAACCCCCCGAGGUGAUCUGCAGGCAAGAGGCGGUUUGACGGCUUGGCACUAGUAAUCAGAAAACCUCCGGUUGCGGGUCUUGGAAGCUAGUUGAGAACCGCUGUUGGAUUCUCUGUCGGCGAGCAAGACUCAGGAGUCAGUUCCGAACCAGCUGCAAAGGACAGAUAUGCGUGUAGCAUAAGAAAGCCUCCAACAAGCAAGGCACUAACGGGAAGAAUCUUUUCAAGUUUCAGACCAUUAUUGCCGAUCUCAAUGGGUAAAUUCAUCGACAUCAAGUUCCUCCCGGCACCUAGGAAUGAUGGCGGCGGCCAGGCGUCUGGCCGGAAGCUCAAGAGCAUGGCCAUGAACUCCCGAGACGAGAAGCCGGGCUAUGAGGGUGUUUUUAGCGGACGUCCUCUCGAGAGGCAAGAGGUUGUCGAGAUCUUGGACGUGUGGGACAGAGAAUCCUCAUGGAGAGCCAAAGAAGAGUCUCCCGACCAAGAGCAAGUCCACAAACUACUCGAUGGACUCUGCGACGGGGCCGGUAUAGAUCUGUUCUCCCUGGCAGUCUUCAAGAACCAGUUUCAGCUGGACAAUGACUUUCUUCCCGCUCCGGAUGGAGGCGUUAUGAGAAUGGCUCUAUUCUUGGUACCCUUGGGCACAGAGGAGGCGAGUUUCGCCCGUGGCGUUAUCGACGUUCUGGGACCGGCCGGCUUCACAGCCGGUUGGGGUCUGCAAACAAGCGAUUAUGGUGGUAAGACUUGGAGAGUGCUGUUGGUGCUCUCGAAUAUGGAGAGCGUAGCCCAGUCAGAGGGCGCGAUGGCUCGAGUCGAAUCCUCUCUCAAUGCCGUGUUGGAACCGGCCAAGGCCCAAUCUCUGCUGCAUCACAUCAAGUGGAAGAACCCUUUGGCUCAAGCGGGUUUGGCUGUGUCGGGUGGGAUGAAUCAAAGUUAGUAAAGGAAGAAGCACAAGUCGGGGAGAGUUCAAAAGGUUAAGCACCAGGUGGAGCGGACUCAAACUUUCCUGUUUUAUGUAUCAUGGUACUCCAACUUUCCUGUAAAAACGACGUUUUAGACGGUCGUGGCUGACUCGUCGGCUAAGCCGCCCUUCAACGCACUAAACUUAAGCUAUCAACC